AUGGUCGAGACUAACAACCAGAUGACGUACAAACUGUUGGAGCUGAUGCAGAGGACCGGCUACACCAUCGUACAGAGAAACGGACAAAGGAGGUUCGGGCCGCCUCCCGAUUGGACCGGCCCGCCGCCGCCGAGAGGCUGCGAGGUGUUCGUCGGCAAGCUACCCAGGGAAAUAUUCGAAGACGAACUCGUCCCACUGUUCUCGAGGGUCGGCAAGAUAUACGAGAUGCGACUCAUGAUGGAUUUCUCCGGCUCGAACCGCGGGUACGCGUUCGUGACGUACACCGACCGGGCCGAGGCCACGGCGGCCGUGAAGCAACUCAACGGCUACGAGAUACGUCCGCGACGACACAUCGGCGUCGUCAAGUCCGUGGAUAACUGUCGCCUGUUCGUAGGGAACAUUCCCAAGACGAAGACUAAGGAGGAGGUGAGGGAGGAGCUCUCCAAGCGCGUGUCGGACAUCGUGGACGUCAUACUGUACAAGAACUGCUUCGAUCGGAAGCUGAACCGGGGCUUCGCCUUCGUGGAGUUCACGUGUCACCGCGCGGCCGCUAUGGCGAGGCGGGCGCUGGUGCCGGGCUGCGUCAGACUGUGGGACCAGGAGGUCAUGGUGGACUGGGCCGAGCCUGAACCUGACGUAGACGACGACCAGAUGCAAAGGGUGAAGGUACUUUAUGUGCGUAAUUUCGAGAUUCGGACGACCCCGGACGUGAUCCAAAAGGUCUUCGAAUCCGCCAUUAAUCACAAAGUGGAGCGAGUAAAAAAAAUAUAUGACUAUGCGUUCAUACACUUUUACGAAAGAGAACAUGCAGAGCUUGCUAUAGCGAAAUUACAAAACGCAGACAUCGACGGUAGUAACAUCGAAAUAAGAUGGGCCAAGCCCGUCGACCGCGACCUGUACCGCAUACAGAAACUCAGUAGAGGCAAUGCGAAGUUUAACAAUAGCUUGGAUUUGACUCAGACCCUGUUACUUUAUAAACAUCACAUCGAAAAGCAGGAGUAUGUUAACGGUCCCAAAGACGAAGGCAUUGGCUCGGCCUGCGCCGGGGGCAGCUCCUGUUGCUCUCCAGCAGACACGAAGCCUCCCGUGUACUGUCAGCCCCCAGCUAACUACACUCUGGCUACUGUUAAGCUGGAAGCGAUGUGCAAACGCUACAUGUGGUCUCUGCCAAUAUAUGACUAUCAAAAGUAUGUGGAUCCUACUGGCACAGAGCUAUGGGUGUGUCGUGUGGAGCUGCCUCAAGUGGGUCUGCCGCUGCUGUCUGUGGCUCAACGUGUGGGUCCCCUCGCAACCCGAGCGUGCUUCUCGAUUGAACAAGCUCAUGUUGAAGCAGCGGAAUUGGCUCUGCAGGCUUUGAAGAUGUUGCGAGUGAACAUGAUCCACCAGUCUGCUGGCUCCCUGUAUUCACUGCCUGGGGCUUGUGUGGGUCUUCCUUGUGACUACCCCGUGUACUCUCUGGCGCCGGCCAUGCCUGCUCCUCUACCUGCGUCCCUGCCGACUCCACUUCCGGCCCCAAUACAAGCCAUUUGGCGUGCUGUUUAG